GAGAAUCCUGGGGUCGUAAUCAUUUGAUACACAAGAAGCAACUUCAACUAGAAAUCUUCUCAGCCGUGCGAUCGAACGGUUUCCAGAGCGCAACAGGAGCCCUCUCUCUCACACACACAUACCCAGAGUCCGUGAACUGAAAGCCACCACCGAUUAGAAGAGAAGGAAAGCGACAACCGCAUAAUCGCAAAAAUGAGCAACGACACAGCCACCGAAGCCCAGCUGAAGGCGAUAUCGCAAGCCAACUGCUACCCUUAUACGCGAGGGCUGGUGCCCGCAUACGGAUAUUAUCCUUCAGAGGCAGCAGGCAUCAUUUUCGUCGUCCUCUUCGCCAUCCCGUUUUUCUAUCACACCUUCCAGUCGCUCCGGCUCCGUGUGUCGACAUCCAUAUUACUUGCCUUGGGUGCUUUGACUGAGUUGGUAGGAUGGGCGGCACGUCUCUACUCAUCUCGAUGCUCCUAUAACGGCAACGCCUUCCUCGCUCAGGAGGUGACCCUGAUAAUCGCCCCCGUCUUCUUCUCGGCCGCCCUCUACGUCCUCCUGGGCCGCCUCAUCAUCGGCCUCGGCCGCUCGUCCUCGAUGCUCUCCCCCAAGAUGUAUACCAUCGUCUUCUGCACGUGUGACGUCGUCUCCCUGGUCGUCCAGGCCGUCGGCGGCGCCCAGACAAGCACGGCUAGCUCCACCGACCAGGCCGGCAAGGAGUUGGGCACGCACAUUAUGGUGGCGGGUAUCGCGUUCCAGCUCUUCACCAUGACGCUGUUCGGGCUGUUGCUCAUCGACUUCUUCCGCCGCGUGUUCUCCAGGGGCAGCGAGUUCCGCGGCUUCGUCACGGCGCCUGUGCAGCGCGUCCUGGUCGCCCUGGUCAUCAGCUUCAUCAUGAUCUACAUCCGGAGCAUCUACAGGACUAUCGAGCUCGCGCAGGGCUGGACGGGCUAUCUGAUUACGCACGAGGGGUACUUCAUCGGGCUGGAUGCGUCUAUCAUGGUGAUUGCUGUUGGUGUCUUUGUCGCUGUCGACCCUGCCCUGCACAGUACGCAGGAGAAUGCGAUGGUUGUAUCAAUAAAGUGGUAAUAAAGGUUUGUCCUGGUGGUUAUAGAAGGCAGCAGCGUGUUUUUGUCGAGGUUUUUUGAGGCAAGAUUCGACCUGGGACUUGGUAUGAAAUCACGGCGUUGGAAAGGCACAUAGACAGUUGGUGGACUCUACCUGUAGAGAAUAUUUUUUUUUUGUUAUAAUACCCAGGAUAGGCUUGGAUUGGAAUCUUGAUCAAAGCCAGCAUUGGACAGCAAGAGCAUUUGUAUUCUGGUCUGGU